UUUUGGCACAAAAUUUUUCUUCAAAGCUCCAGCUUAAUUCAUGUCCAAGAAUGAAAGCCUCCUCCAGUUCCAGGCAGCAGCAGAGCAAGAAGCAAGUCCAGCUUCAGCAGAGAGCAUGCAGGGCUCUGUGUUGCAGCUGCAGGCUUAGCGUGUCUUCAUCGAAUUCAGAGGAGGUAGAGAGCUCAAGCUCUGAUAGGUACCCUUCCAUAUCAAGCCUGUCACAUGCCAUGGUUCAAGAGAGAUUGGACCAAAUGAUUAGAGAGAGGCAGGAGGCCUCAAGACAUGUAGAUUGUCAGAAAAGAAAGCAGAGAGCAGGUGAUCAUCAUCAACUUCAAGCAGGAGGAGGAACUAAAUUCAUUGUGAUGGUUGCCAUGGAAAAGUGCUCUUACGAUCCAAGAGAGGAUUUCAGGCAGUCCAUGGCGGAGAUGAUAAUGGCGAACCGGAUUGAAGAGCCCAAAGAUCUUCGCAGCCUCUUGAAUUAUUAUGUUUCCAUGAAUUCGGAGGAGUAUCAUGGGAUUAUACUGGAGGUGUUUCAUGAAGUUUGCUCUGAUUUAUUCUUCUGUAAAUUCCAUUAAUUGAUGACCACAGUGCUAAUUAUUUGAGCAUACAAAUGAAAUGAGGAUUAUGGGAUGAUAUUGAAGAGUUUGUCAUUGUAGUUGUCCUUAUGUAACUUAAGUCAUGAGAUGAUUUUCAUGAUAAUAUUGUCUGAUUACGGUUAGCUCAAGUGGUUAAUAACACUUGGUAGUAUUUAAUUAUGCA